GUGCCGUCCCUCUCAUCCUCCUCCUCCUUCCCCUUCCCUUUCCCCAAGCUAGCAAGCCAAGAAGAGCCGGGAGCCCCGAGAUCAGCCAGCCGCCCGGAAUCGCCAGCAGAAGCCGCCUCUUCUCUUCUGGGGCCGGCGAUGGCCAGCAACGUGGCCGUCACGGGCAACGCCGGAUCCGGCGCGGAUGGGGACGCGCCCAGGAGGAACAGGCCCAAGUAUUCAAAGUUCACCCAGCAAGAGCUGCCGGCCUGUAAGCCGAUCCUGACUCCAAAAUGGGUUGUCUCGGUGUUUUUCCUUGUGGGAAUCGUGUUCGUACCAGUUGGCGUCGUUUCGCUGCUAGCUGCACGAGAUGUUGUGGAGAUAAUUGACCGGUAUGAUCAUGCAUGCGUGCCCCCUAACAUGACUCAUAACAAGCUUGGGUACAUCCGCAACGAGACCAUAUCCAAAGACUGCACAAGGACUCUCAGGGUUAAAAAGGAUAUGAAGCAGCCAAUCUUCGUGUAUUACCAGCUUGACAACUUCUAUCAAAAUCAUAGGAGGUAUGUGAAGAGCCGAAACGAUGCACAGCUAAGGGAUUAUAAGAAGGCAAAUCAGACAACGUCCUGUGAACCUGAGAGGUUCACAGCGGAUGGAAAACCAAUUGUGCCCUGUGGUCUGAUUGCCUGGAGUCUGUUCAAUGACACAUAUAGCUUCACUCGCGGUAAUGAGAACUUGACAGUGGAUAAGAAGGACAUCUCCUGGAAAAGUGAUAGGGAGCACAAAUUUGCCAAAAAUGUCUACCCAAGCAACUUCCAGAAUGGUGCGCUCAUAGGUGGAAAAAUGCUUAAUGCAAGCAUCCCGUUGAGCGAGCAAGAGGAUCUUAUCGUUUGGAUGCGGACGGCAGCACUUCCUACAUUCAGAAAGUUAUAUGGGAGGAUAUCUGUUGAUCUGAAGGUGAAUGAUACCAUAAUAGUGAAGCUCAGUAACAACUACAAUACAUAUAGCUUCGGUGGCAAAAAGAAAUUGGUCCUCUCCACUGCAACCUGGCUUGGAGGAAGGAAUGAAUUUCUUGGGUUUGCAUACCUUAUAGUUGGUGGGCUGUGUAUUUUCUUGGCAUUUGCAUUCACCUUGCUAUAUGUGAUAAAACCAAGGAAACUGGGGGAUCACAACUACCUGUCCUGGAACAGACACCCUUCAGGCCGCUAAGAUUCAGGUGUAGGCGGACACGUGUCAGGCUCCUCUCUGAACCCUGAAGCUUUCGACACUCAACUAGGUUGCCCUGUAUGUACGACCGUGGUUCCUACUUACCGCCUCACUGUAAUUGCCUUGAGCUAUGUAAGCUGAGACAGUUCCAGGGGCGGAGAUGGGGGGACGCCCCC